AGUACAACAGGGCCUUCCACUGUCUUAACAACAGAGAGCAGCAGUACAACAGGGACUUCCACUGUCUCAUCAAUAGGAGCCAGCAGUACAACAGAGCCUUCCAAUGUCUCAACAACAGGAGCCAGCAGUACAACAGGGCCUUCCACUGUCUUAACAACAGAGAGCAGCCGUACAACCGGGACUUCCACUGUCUCAACAACAGAGAGCAGCAGUACAACAGGGCCUUCCACUGUCUUAACAACAGAGACCAGCAGUACAACAGGGCCUUCCACUGUCUUAACAACAGAAGCCAGCAGUACAACAGGGCCUUCAACUGACUCGCCAACAGGAACCAGCAGUAUAACAGGGCCUUCCAAUGUCUCAUCAACAGGAGCCAGCAGUACAACAGAGCCUUCCACUGUCUCAAUAACAGGGACCAGCAGUACAACAGGGCCUUCUACUGUCUCAACAACAGGAGUCAGCAUUACAACAGAGCCUUCUACUGUCUCGACAACAGGAACCAGCAGAGUCAGCAGUACAAUAGGGCCUUCCACUGUCUCAACAACAGGAGCCAGCAUUACAACAGUACCUUCCACUGUCUCAACAACAGGUAUCAGCAGUACAACAGGGCCUUCCACUGUCUCAACAACAGGAACCAGCAGUACAACAGGAGCCAGCAGUACAUCAGAGCCUUCCACUGUCUCAACAAAAGGAGCCAGCAGUACAUCAGAGCCUUCUACUGUCUCAACAACAGGAGCCAGCAGUACAACAGGGCCUUUCACUGUCUCAUCAAUAGGAGCCAGCAGUACAACAGAGCCUUCCGCUGUCUCAACAACAGGAGCCAGCAGUACAACAGGGCCUUCCACUGUCUUAACAACAGAGAGCAGCAGUACAACAGGGACUUCCACUGUCUCAACAACAGAGAGCAGCAGUACAACAGGGUCUUCCACUGUCUUAACAACAGAGACCAGCAGUACAACAGGGCCUUCCACUGUCUUAACAACAGGAGCCAGCAGUACAACAGGGCCUUCAACUGACUCGACAACAGGAACCAGCAGUAUAACAGGGCCUUCCAAUGUCUCAUCAACAGGAGCCAGCAGUACAACAGAGCCUUCCACUGUCUCAAUAACAGGGACCAGCAGUACAACAGGGCCUUCUACUAUCUCAACAACAGGAGUCAGCAUUACAACAGAGCCUUCUACUGUCUCGACAACAGGAACCAGCAGUACAACAGGGCCUUCCACUGUCUCAACAACAGGGGCCACCAAAGCCAGCAGUACAACAUGGCCUUCCACUGUCUUAACAACAGAGACCAUCAGUACAACAGGGCCUUCCACUGUCUUAACAACAGAGAGCAGCAGUACAACAGGGCCUUCUACUGUCUCAACAACAGGAUCCAGCAGUACAACAGGGCCUUCCACUGUCUCAUCAACCAGAGUCAGCAGUACAACAGAGCCUUCCGCUGUCUCAACAACAGGAGCCAGCAGUACAAAGGGGCCUUCCACUGUCUUAACAACAGAGAGCAGCAGUACAACAGGGACUUCCACUGUCUCAACAACAGAGAGCAGCAGUACAACAGGGCCUUCCACUGUCUUAACAACAGAGACCAGCAGUACAACAGGGCCUUCCACUGCCUUAACAACAGGAGCCAGCAGUACAACAGGGCCUUCCACUGUCUCAACAACAGAGACCAGUAGUACAACAGAGCCUUCCACUGUCUCGACAACAGGAUCUACUGUCUCAACAACAGGAGCCAUCAGUACAACAGGGCCUUCUACUGUCUCAACAACAGGAGUCAGCAGUACAAUAGGGCCUUCCACUGUCUCAACAACAGGAGCCAGCAUUACAACAGUACCUUCCACUGUCUCAACAACAGGUAUCAGCAGUACAACAGGGCCUUCCACUGUCUCAACAACAGGAACCAGCAGUACAACAGGAGCCAGCAGUACAUCAGAGCCUUCCACUGUCUCAACAACAGGAGCCAGCAGUACAUCAGAGCCUUCUACUGUCUCAAUAAAAGGAGCCAGCAGUACAUCAGAGCCUUCCACUGUCUCAACAACAGGAGCCAGCAGUACAACAGGGCCUUUCACUGUCUCAUCAAUAGGAGCCAGCAGUACAACAGAGCCUUCCGCUGUCUCAACAACAGGAGCCAGCAGUACAACAGGGCCUUCCACUGUCUUAACAACAGAGAGCAGCAGUACAACAGGGACUUCCACUGACUCGACAACAGGAACCAGCAGUAUAACAGGGCCUUCCAAUGUCUCAUCAACAGGAGCCAGCAGUACAACAGAGCCUUCCACUGUCUCAAUAACAGGGACCAGCAGUACAACAGGGCCUUCUACUGUCUCAACAACAGGAGUCAGCAUUACAACAGAGCCUUCUACUGUCUCGACAACAGGAACCAGCAGUACAACAGGGCCUUCCACUGUCUCAACAACAGGGGCCACCAGUACAACAGAGCCUUCCACUGUCUCAACAACAGGAGCCAGCAGUACAACAGGGCCUUCCACUGUCUCAACAACAGAAGCCAGUAGUACAACAGGGCCUUCCACUGUCUCAACAACAGAAGCCAGCAGUACAACAGGGCCUUCCACUGUCUUAACAACAGAGACCAUCAGUACAACAGGGCCUUCCACUAGUACAACAGGGCCUUCCACUGUCUUAACAACAGAGACCAGCAGUACAACAGGGCCUUCCACUGUCUUAACAACAGGAGCCAGCAGUACAACAGGGCAUUCCACUGUCUCAACAACAGAGACCAGUAGUACAACAGAGCCUUCCACUAGUCAGCAGUACAACAGGGCCUUUUACUGUCACUACAACAGGAGCCAGCAGUACAAUAGGGCCUUCCACUGUCUCGACAACAGGAGUCAGCAGUACAACAGGGCCUUCUACUGUCUCGACAACAAGAGUCAGCAGUACAACAGGGCCUUCCACUGUCUCGACAACAAGAGUCAGCAGUACAAUAGGGCCUUCCACUGUCUCGACAACAGGAGUCAGCAGUACAACAGGGCCUUCUACUUUCUCGACAACAGGAGCCAGCAGUACAACAGGGCCUUCUACUUUCUCGACAACAGAGAGCAGCAGUACAACAGAGCCUUCCACUGUCACAACAAAAGGAGAGCCAGCAGUACAACAGGGCUUUCCACUGCCUUAACAACAGAGAGCAGCAGUACAACAGGGACUUCCACUGUCUUAACAACAGUAGCCAGCAGUACAACAGGGCCUUCCACUGUCUCAACAACAGGGAGCAGUAGUACAACAGAGCCUUCCACUGUCUCGACAACAGGAACCAGCAAGCAGCAGUACAACAGGGCCUUUCACUGUCUCGACAACAGGAGUCAGCAGUACAACAGAGCCUUCCACUGUCUCAACAACAAGAGCCAGCAGUACAGCAGCGACUUCCACUGUCUCAACAACAGAGAGCAGCAGAACAAUAGGGCAUUCCACUAUCUCAAAAAUAGGAACCAGCAGUACAACAGAGCUUUCUACUGUCUCAAAAACAGAAACCAGCAGUGUCAGCAGUACAAUAGGGCCUUCCACUGUCUCAACAACAGGAGCCAGCAUUAUAACAGUGCCUUCCACUGUCUCAAGAACAGCAGUCAGCAGUACAACAGGGCCUUCUACUCUCUCAACAAUAAGAGCCAGCAGUACAACAGGGCCUUCCACUGUCUCAUCAACAGGGAGCAGGAGUACAACAGUGCCUUCUUCUGUCUCAACAACAGGAGUCAGAGCCAGCAGUACAACAGGGCCUUCCAAUGUCUCAUCAACAGGAGCCAGCAGUACAACAGGGCCUUCCAAUGUCUCAUCAACAGGAGCCAGCAGUACAACAGAGCCUUCCACUGUCCCAAUAACAGGGACCAGCAGUACAACAGGGCCUUCUACUGUCUCAACAACAGGAAGAUCAGAAGUACAACAGGGCCUUCUACUGUCUCAACAACAGGAGCGAGCAGUACAACAGAGCAUUCCACUGUCUCAACAACAGAGAGCAGCAGUAUAACAGGGCCUUCCACUGUCUCAACAACAGAGAGCAGCAGUACAACAGAGCCUUCCACUGUCUUAACAACAGGAGCGAGCAGUACAACAGAGCCUUCCACUGUCUCAACAACAGAAGCCAGCAGUACAACAGGGCCUUCCACUGUCUCAACAACAGGAGUCAGCAGUACAACAGGUCUUUCCACUGUCUCAACAACAGAGAGCAGCAGUACAACAGGGCCUUCUACUGUCUCAACAACAGGAGCCAGCAGUAAAACAGAGCCUUCCACAGUCUCAACAACAGGAGCCAGCAGUACAACUGAGCCUUCCACUGUCUCAACAACAGAGAGCAGCAGUACAAGUGAGCCUUCCACUGUCUCAACAACAGGAGCCAGUAGUACAACAGAGCCUUCCACUGUCUCAACAACAGGCGCCAGCAGUACAACAGGGCCUUCCACUGUCUCAACAACAGGAGCCAGCAGUACAACUGGGCCUUCUACUGUCUCAACAAAAGAGAGCAGCAUCACAACAGGGCAUUCUACUGUCUCAACACCUGUAGCCAGCAGUACAACAGGGCAUUCUACUGUCUCAACAACAGGAGCCAGCAGUACAUCAGAGCCUUCCACUGUCUCGACAACAGUGAGUAGCAGUACAACAGGGCAUUCCACUGUCUCAACAACAGGAGCCAGCAGUACAACUGGGCCUUCUACUGCCUCAACAAAAGAGAGCAGCAUCACAACAGGGCUUUCUACUGUCUCAACACCUGUAGCCAGCAGUACAACAGGGCAUUCUACUGUCUCUACAACAGGGAUCAUCAGUACAACAGGGCCUUCUACUGUCUCGACAACAGUGAGUAGCAGUACAACAGGGCCUUCCACUGUCUCAACAACAGAAGCCAGCAGUACAACAGAGCCUUCCACUGUCUCAACAACAGGAGCGAGCAGUACAACAGAGCCUUCCACUGUCUCAACAACAGAGAGCAGCAGUACAACAGGGCCUUUCACUGUCUCAACAACAGGAGCCAGCAGUACAGUAGAGCCUUCCACUGUCCCAACAACAGAAGCGAUCAGUACAACAGAGCCUUCCACUGUCUCAACAACAGGAGCCAGCAGUACAACAGGGCCUUCCACUGUCUCAACAACAGAAGCCAGCAGUACAAUAGGGCCUUCCACUGUCUCAACAACAGGGACCAUCAGUACAAUAGGGCCUUCCACUGUCUCAACAACAAGAGCCAUCAGUACAACAGAGCCUUCCACUGUCUCAACAACAGGAUCUAGCAGUACAACAGGGCCUUUCACUGUCACAACAACAGAGAGCAGCAGAACAACAGGGACUUCAACUGUCUCGACAACAGGGACCAGCAGUACAACAGGGCCUUCCACUGUCUCAACAACAGGAGCCAGCAGCACAACUGAGCCUUCUACUGUCUCAACAACAGAGAUCAGCCGUACAAUAGGGCCUUCUACUGUCUUAACAACAGGAGCCAACAGUACAACUGGACCUUCUACUGUCUCAACAACAGGAGCCAGCAGUACAAAAGAGCCUUCCACUGUCUCAACAACAGGAGCCAUCAGUAAAACAGGGCCUUCCACUGUCUCAACAACAGGAGCCAGCAGUACAAAAGAGCCUUCCACUGUCUCAACAACAGGAGCCAUCAGUACAACAGGGCCUUCCACUGUCUCAACAACAGGGACCAGCAGUACAACAGGGCCUUCUACUGUCUCAACAACAGGAGCCAGCAGUACAACAGAGCCUUCCACUGUCUCAACAACAGAGAGCAGCAGGACAAUAGGGCUUUCCACUGUCUCGACAACAGGAGCCAGCAGUACAACAGGGCCUUCUACUAUCUCAACAACAGUGACCAGCAGUACAACAGGGCCUUCCACUGUCUCAACAACAGGGAGUAGCAGUACAAAGGGUCCUUCCACUGUCUCAACAACAGGAGCCAGCAGUACAAAAGAGCCUUCCACUGUCUCAACAACAGGAGCCAUCAGUAAAACAGGGCCUUCCACUGUCUCAACAACAGGAGCCAGCAGUACAAAAGAGCCUUCCACUGUCUCAACAACAGGAGCCAUCAGUACAACAGGGCCUUCCACUGUCUCAACAACAGGGACCAGCAGUACAACAGGGCCUUCUACUGUCUCAACAACAGGAGCCAGCAGUACAACAGAGCCUUCCACUGUCUCAACAACAGAGAGCAGCAGGACAAUAGGGCUUUCCACUUUCUCGACAACAGGAGCCAGCAGUACAACAGGGCCUUCUACUAUCUCAACAACAGUGACCAGCAGUACAACAGGGCCUUCCACUGUCUCAACAACAGGGAGUAGCAGUACAAAGGGUCCUUCCACUGUCUCAACAACAGGAGCCAGCAGUACAACAGGGCCUUCUACUGUCUCAACAACAGUGACCAGCAGUACAACAGGGCCUUCCACUGUCUCAACAACAGGAGCCAUCAGUACAACUGGGCCUUCUACUGUCUCAACAACAGUGACCAGCAGUACAACCGAGCCUUCCACUGUCUCAACAACAGGAGCCAGCAGUACAACUGGGCCUUCUACUGUCUCAACAACAGAGAGCAGCAGUACAACAGGGCCUUCUACUGUCUCAACUCCUGGAGCCAUCAGUACAACAGGGCCUUCUACUGUCUCUACAACAGGGACCAUCAGUACAACAGGGCCUUCUACUGUAUCGACAACAGUGAGUAGCAGUACAACAGGGCCUUCCACUGUCUCAACAACAAGAGCCAUCAGUACAAUAGGGCCUUCCACUGUCUCAACAACAGGGACCAUCAGUACAACAGAGCCUUCCACUGUCUUAACAACAGGAUCCAGCAGUACAACAGGGCCUUCUACUGUCACAACAACGCUUAACAACAGUGAUGCAACAACCAUUUUGGAGAAAUUUAAAGGACUAUCAAAGAAUAAUGACAAAAACUCAAUUUCCUCAACCUUCGUUCUGGUGGGUACGGUAGGGUCAGUCGGAGCUGUCACAGUGGCCGCUGUAACCGUAGCUGUAUACGUGUAUGCUUUUAAAUUUGCGUCAAAAAUACCCAAGGUGGCGAAUAGUGAAAACAUUGCUGCUGGUUCCGGCGACAAGCCUGAGCCAGGUCCGUCUCGAGAAGUUGCCUCCCCCUUAUCUAUGCACGAAGAAGUACCCACAGCCAGUGAAUGUUGACGGCAGUUAUUUUUCAUGUUUCAAUUAGUCAAUAGCGGCUGACUGACUGAUUUUAAAGACACCGUUACAAACAAUGUCUAGUCAUUUUUCAUUUUUUAUGAGCAGAAAAAGUGCUUUAUCCGUAUGUUUCAUUGUGAUUUAUACUUCCUUUAUUUAAAAGGUCAAGUGUGUUCUUAUUGUUAUAUUGGUGCAUUAUUAUUGUAGUGCACUUGCUAUACUGCCGACUAGUAAGAUAAUGAAUGUUAUUAAAAAAACCCCGAACACUUGUGAAACCACAAGUCUGUAGAGUCUGUGUUCAUCCAGACUAUUUUCGUGUACAGGGCAAAAGACCUGUGCACAUAAUAUGCAAAGCUUUAAAAAACUGUUUAUGGUUUACAAAUGUUAGUUCAAAGUUUAUGCUAAUAAUCAAUUUGUUCAGUUUUGAUUCAAUAAUUUAUUAUUUAUGUUUCUGCAUUAAAAUAACAAACAUUAUUAUAAAGUUAUAUGUGAUAAACGCUGUUCCUGUAUAUUUAUAUGUGUACAUAUAAAUCUAUGUAUUUCCGUCCAUACAAUUAAUUAUGUGAUAGACACACAAACCACAAGUCUGUAGAGUCUGUGUUCAUCCAGACUGUUUUCGUGUACAGGGCAAAAGACCUGCGCACAUAAUAUGCAAAGCUUUAGAAAACUGUUUAUGGUUUACAAUAUUUUAAUGUUGUGCAGAAGUUCAUUACUUAUGCAUUUCUUUCACUUUUCUAUUUAUAUUUAGUUCAUAAUUUAUGCUAAUAAUCAAUUUGUUCAGUUUUGAUUCAAUAAUUUAUUAUUUAUGCUUCUGCAUUAAAAUAACAAGUAUUACUAUAAAGUUAUAUGUGAUAAACGCUGUUCCUGUACAUUUAUAUGUGUACAUAUAAAUCUAUGUAUUUCCAUCCAUACGAGUAAUUAUGUGAUAGACAUUCAGAUUUUUUUUCGUUUAUUGUGAUUAUUUAUUUAUAAACAUAUUAUAAUUAUUUUGAACUAUAUAUAUACAUGCCUUUUGUGCACAUUUUGUGAUAAUGUUAUUGACAAUAUUCUCAUUAAUGCUGGUCUUUUUAUGGCCAGAAAUGUUUUCAUGGCUAAAACUAAAUGCAUAAAACAUAAACAAAUAUUCACAAUUUCGUUUUGGACCCUCUAAUCUUCGUCAAAUUGUGUUCCAACCGUACUGUGGUAUGGUGAAGAGCAUUCGUGGUAUGGUCAAGGGCGUUCAUGGUAUAGUCAAGGACAAUCGUAUAACACAAUCGAAGCGUGAGGGAGCUUGAAUACAUUCUGGACGUGGUAAUCCCUUGGAAGCAUCCAAUACCACAAAAGCUUGAGUCUGUCAACACCUCCACUGGCUUUAAAAGGACUAGCUCACAUGUUUUAAGUUAGGCUGUGUAUUUUAUGAACGAACACCAAACAGCAACU